ACAACAACCACAGAGCCACUUACAACAACAACGACCACAGAACCACCUACAACAACAACGACCACAACAACCACAGAACCACCUACAACGACCACAGAGCCACCUACAACAACAACGACCACAGAACCACCUACAACAACAACAACCACAGAACCACCUACAACGACCACAGAACCACCUACAACAACAACGACCACAGCACCACCUACAACAACAACGACUACAGAACCCCCUACAACAACAACGACCACAGUGCCACCUACAACAACAACGACCACAGAACCACCUACAACAACGACCACAACAACCACAGAACCUUCUACAACGACCACAGAACCACCUACAACAACAACCACCACAGCGCCACCUACAACAACAACAACCACAGAGCCACCUACAACAACAACGACCACAGAACCACCUACAACAACAACAACCACAACAACCACAGAACCACCUACAACGACCACAGAACCACCUACAACAACAACGACCACAACAACCACAGAGCCACCUACAACAACAACGACCACAGAGCCAACAACGACGACAGAACCACCUACAACAACAACGACCACAACAACCACAGAACCACCUACAACAACCACAGAACCACCUAUAACAACAACGACCACAGAGCCACCUACAACAACAACGACCACAGAACCACCUACAACAACAACGACCACAACAACCACAGAGCCACCGACAACAACAACGACCACAGAGCCAUCUACAACAACAACAACCACAACAACCACAACAACCACAGAGCCACCUACAACAACAACGACCACAGAACCACCUACAACAACAACGACCACAACAACCACAGAGCCACCGACAACAACAACGACCACAGAACCACCUACAACAACAACAACCACAACAACCACAGAACCACCUACAACCACAACAACCACAGAACAACCUACAACAACAACGACCACAGAGCCACCUACAACAACAACGACCACAGAACCACCUACAACCACAACAACCACAGAACAACCUACAACGACCACAGAGCCACCUACAACAACAACGACCACAGAACCACCUACAACAACAACCACCACAGCGCCACCUACAACAACAACGACCACAGAGCAACCUACAACAACAACGACGACAGAACCACCUCUUGAACCCUUCUUCCGAAAUCGGUUUUCUUCUUCUUUCAACUCCUUGGAUGUUGUGUCUUUCAGCUACAACAACCACUACAAUGACCCCUUCAACUACUGCAGCAACCACCCCAGCACCAACAUCGACAACCACAGCACAAACAACAACGACCACAGCACCAUCUACAAUGACAACCACAACACUAAGUACAACCACAACCACCCCAUCAACUACAACUACACCAAGUACAACUACAACCACCGCACCAACUACAACCACAACCACAGCACCAACUACAAUUACAAACACCCCACCAACAACAAUAACCACCAUCCCACCGACUACAACCAUGACCACCCCGCCUACGACAAGUACAGCACCAACUACAACCACGACCACCCCUCCAACGACAACAACAACCACCCCACCAACGACAACAACAACCACCCCACCAACUACAACCAAGACCACCCCACCUACAACAACAACAACUACAGCACCAACUACGACCACGACCACCUCACCUACGACAACCACAACUACAGCACCAACUACAACCACGACCACCCCGCCUACGACAACAACAACCACAGUAUCAACUUCAACCCCAACAACCACUCCACCAACCACAACCACCCCACCAACUACAACCACGACCACCCCACCUACGACAACAACAACUACAGCACCAACUACAACCACAACCACCUCACCUACUGCUGCAAAUGCAAUUACCAAUGCCACAACAACUGCAGCUCCCACACAGCCACAGUCCUCUACAACCCCAGUUACAAGUAUUGUCACUACAUCGACAACCUCUACCACAACUGCUGAGGCAGUUACAAUAAGGCGGUUGACUUUCAGAUCAGCUGGAGAGACCUUUACAAAUGAUUUGCUGAAUUCCUCGUCUCAAGCAUUUAUCAAUCGGGCUAAUCUGCUCAAGUCAAAUCUGGAACCUUUCUACCAAAGAACAUUUUCUUCAUUCAGCUCCUUGACUGUGAUUUCAUUCAG